AUGGAAGAAAAUAAAAUAACCUGUCGAUUAUGCUUGGGAGAAGAAUUCCAACAGAAUUCAGUGCCACUUACUCAAGAGUUUCCGUUCAAAAAUAGGUACACACCAAGUAGUGGCUCCAAAACGCAACUUAUUCAUAUAAUAAGAAAAUGUUUCGAUUUCAUGGAUAUGACUCAAAUGAUUUAUCCAACACCUUGUAUAUGCUGUAAAUGUUAUAAUGCAUUAAACCAAUUCCUAAGUUUAAAGUAUAAGUUAAUACAAUCUGAAUUGGAGUCCAAUAAAACAGGUCCCUUGAAAUGCAGAGCGUGUGGUGACUCCAAAUUAUUUCGUAAUUUUUUUGAAGGAUCAAAUUUACACUACUUCUACCUCAACAUGGUGCAUAAAUAUUUUAACCCUAGAAUGAAAUUAAUAAGCUUGUGUACAGAAUGUUGCAAAUUAAUAAAAGACUCAAUUCUAUUCAAUAACCAAUGUUACACCACAGCAAAAAAAAUUAAUAUUUUUAUUAACACAUUCCAUGUUGAAAAAGGUUUUAAUAAGCUAAAUGAAGUUCGACACCAUUUUUCCAGGAUCGUGUGGCAUUUAAAUAAAAGUACUAAUGUUGAAAAUACGUUUGGUGCUAAUAGUACUAACAUCGGCAAUAGUACUAGGCUUACUACUUCUUCUGUACCUCAAUGGCAUUUAAAUGAAAGUACUAAUGUUGGUUAUGGUGGCAAUAGUACUUACAUCGGUAAUAGUACUGCAAACUCUUCUGUACCUAAUUGGCAUUUAAAUGGCAGUACUAAUGUUGGGAGUUCUUAUGGUGCCAAUGGUACUGCAAAUUCUUCUGUACCUAAUUGGCGUUCGAAUGAAAGUACUAAUGUUGGUUAUAGUGGCAAUAGUACUACAAAUUCUUCUGUACCUAAUUGGCAUUUUAAUGAAAGUACUAAUGUUGGUAGUACUUUCGGUGAUAAUAGUGCCAACAUUGGCAAUAGUACUGGAGUGAGUAAUAAUAGUACUAUCAGCGGAAAUGGUAGACAGAACACACAAAUUGGAAUUAUUAAUUUGACAGAAAUUAAUAUUAUAAACAAUAAUAAUACCAAUGAUGAUAAUAGUCAAGGUUUAAAUGGUACUGUUGAAAGUACUACAACAAAUGUUGUAACAAAAGAAAGUACAAACAAAGCUACAAAAAAACAAUUAAAAAGUCAAGAAAACUUUAUUUUGAAACUCCUGAAAAAAAAUUAUGGAUCAUAUGAAAUUAAACGUCCUAAAGACUCGGAAAAACUGGAAAAGCCCCAAGAAAAUAUGGUUAUAGACUUUACUGAAGAUGAACCUCCGGAAAACGUGGAAAAUGUUUCGGAAAAUUCAAAUGAUUCCAAUGUUACUUUGACCGAAAUUCCUGUGGAAUUCAAGGAAGUUACCAAUUCCAAAAAAAUUGGAAAAGAUAAGACAAAAGUAGAGAAAAGGCAUUGGAACGAUUACUACUACAACUGUUUGUUAGGUACAAUGAAAUUAUUUUACUUUGAAUUCGACCACAGUGGAAGACCAUUAAACGCAGACUGGAAUAAAAUUUCCAAAGCGUUUCACAUACCAUUUACAGCGCUAGGAAUCAAAUUCGAUGUUAAGAAAGGUUGGAGUAGAUUGACUAAAAUGUCCAUGGAUUUUUUGUCGAAUGGGAAAGUGAAGAAUUCCAGCCAAAAAAGUUUGCUGAAGAAAGUAAUUGAUUAUACCAAUUUGGUGGUACCUGAAUCUUCUAAGGUAGUAAACGUUGUGAGAACUUUGGAAGUACUUUCAAGUGAAGAAGAUAGGACUAUGGAUGUUCCAGGAAAUAGUCCAAAUGUUAAUAAUAAUCACGAAAAUAAUGAAGAUACUUCUGAGGGAAUAAAAGCUGUGGAGGUUCUUCCCAUUAAAGAAGAAGAAAAAAACAUAAAUGUCACAGAAAGUUGUUCAAAUAUUAACAACAACGAUGAUUUCUACCAAACCAUAACAAUUAAUGAUGACUCCAGUGAUACAGAUAUUGAACCAUACGAAAAUACCAAUAAUAAAAUAGUAAUUAAAAAAGAACCAACAAAAAGAAAAUCUUUGGACUUGGACACUCUAAGGGAGGAAAUAAAUAUUGAGGAACUCCUUAAGUCAGAUGGACAUGUGGGGUUGGAAGAUAUACUCAAACUGGAAACUGUAAGAGAGGAAAUAAAUAUUGAGGAACUAAUUAAGUCAGAUGGCCAUGUGGGAUUAGAAGAUAUCCUCAAACUGUCCAACCAGGAAAAAAAAGCAAGAAUCAAAGAUGAGGAAACAGUUGAUUAUAAAAUUGUCUCAGAUGUUAUAAUAUUGGAUUAAGUGUUAUUUGUAUUUAAUAAAGAAGUCAUUGUUAUUUGGUAUUUAACUAGAUAAAGUAUUUCUUGAAAAAAUAGUUGAUUUUGUAUUUUUUUAUAUUAAAUUUUUUUAUAAACCU